UUGGAUACCCACUGGACCCCCCGUGGCUGCCAGUGGCUUGACCGUCCUGCCUAUAAUUAUCAGCUUCGGUCGACAGCCGCCUUUCUGGUCUUUUUGCUUGCUUGCUUGCUUCCUUCCUCACUUCUUUUCCCCUUCACCCUUGAACUUUCUUCACGCUGAACGUGUCUUUCGUUCUCUUCCUCUUUGGAAAACCCACCGCUCGCUACUAUCUCACUCUACGUCUUCGUCUCCACAAGUCUCUUCACAACCAAAGCCCGUCCUUACAGACACAAUGGCUUUCGCCGCACGAAACUUCCUGCGCAUGACCCGGGCUACUGCCCCCCUGGCCCGUCUUUCCACUCCCCAGGCUGCGACACGUGCCUUCUCGACAACCCACAUCAACAAAGUGUCCGAGUCAGAGCCGAAGCGCAGUGUCGUCCGCGAGCGCGAGGUCCCUGUCACGCGCUACGGCGCCGGCGAAGGCCAGGGCGAGCACAGCACUGUCAGCGUGGGCGCCCACAACUCGACCGUCCCCUUUGAGUCGCCCCAGCCCCCUCUCGAGCACGAUGUCGUGCAGCCCCUUUCGAAGCGUGUGCACGAGGCCAUGCCGCACACUCUCCGCAACAUGACCGUGUACGGACAGACCAUCAUCAUCACAGGCGGCGCUCGCGGUCUCGGCAACCACAUGGCCCGCGCCUGUGCGGAGGCUGGUGCCAAGAACAUUGUCAUCUUCGACGCCAACCAGGAGCUCGGUGACCAGGCUGCGGCCGAGCUUCACGACAAGUCAGGCCUCCCCGUCUCCUUCUUCAAGGUCGACGUGCGCGACGGCGCCGCCAUCAACGCCGCUGUCGAGUCCGUCGUCGAUCUCUACGGCUGCCCCGACUCUCUUGUCAACGCCGCCGGCAUCGCCGACUCCAACAUCAAGGCCGAGACCUACGACCCUGCCAUGUUUCGUCGCUUGAUCGACAUCAACCUGACCGGCACCUUUCUCAUGACCCAGGCUAUCGGCCGUGCCAUGAUGGCCGCUGGCAAGCCCGGUUCUCUGAUCCUGAUCGCGUCCAUGUCCGGCUCCGUUGUCAACUACCCCCAGGAGCAGUCUUGCUACAACGCCUCCAAGGCUGGUGUCAUCCAGUACGCCAAGUCCAUCGCCGCUGAAUGGGCCAAACACGACAUUCGCGUCAACUGCAUCUCCCCCGGGUACAUGGACACCGCCCUCAACCGCGUGCCCGCCCUCGAGGCGCAGAAGAAGAUCUGGAAAUCCCUGACGCCCCAGAAUCGCCUUGGUGGCGUCGAUGAGCUUAACGGGCUCUGCGUCUUCCUGGCGUCUGACGCUUCGCGCUUCAUGACCGGAAGCAACAUUCUCAUCGACGGUGGCUACUCCUGCUACUAAUUGAGCGCGCCCAUUGGGUUGAUUUGGUGUCAGGCAAGGAAAAAGGCGUCGAGGCAUGAGUUCUCCGGAUAGGGCAUUGCGCAGGUGGUUGGCACAGCAUGUUUGCUUUUGUUGUUCUUUUGUGUUUUGGUCGUGAUUUUCGAGCCACGGCGUUUCAGGGACUGCGGAUGCGCCCCAGAUAGAGUGGUCUGGCAUAGACACCGCCUGGCAUGUAUGGGCCAGGCUAGUAAUACAUCUCCCCACAAACUAUCAUUCCUUCCAUGGCCGCAAUGUUGAUAAUGCACAUGAACCCCAACUCAAGGUGCGUACUCUCUACGCUGAAGGGAAUUGGAUC